AUGCUGCCUUACCUGUUCCCUGAGCUGUCCACCUUUGCUACAGUCGCCGAUCUCAUCACCCACCUUCGCACUAGUGACGCUCGCCUGCGUGCCGCCCUUCCCACCGAGUUCUGCGCUAAGAACCCCCCUCCACUGUACUGGACGCUCCAUUUCAUAGUCACCCGUCUCCCUGACACCCUCAGCUCAGUCCGAGACUACUUCCUUGCCCGCUGUCCCACUGAGCUCACAGUCGCCCUCCUAGAGGAGAAGCUGCUAGCAGCCGAGAAGAGCAUUGUAGCUGUAGGUGCUGCUCGUGGCGCUCCUCGCACCCCCAUCUUUGAGGGGUGUUCUCCCUCUCCCCUCGCUCCCUCCUACGCUACUGCUGCUGCUGUUGACCUCCUUGGUGCUGAGUCUGCUGGCGCUGCUUCUGCUCCUGGUGGGAGGCGCCGCACCGGCAAGGGCAAGGGGGGCAAGGGUGGUGGUGGUGGCGCUGGGGGGGGAGGAGGUGGGGGAGGUGGGGGGGGAGGCGGUGCUGGAGGGAGCGGUGGCGGGAGUGCUGGUGGGGGUGGAGGCAGCGGUGGGGGCGGGGGCGGCGGCGGGAGUGGUGGCAGCGGUGGCGGCGGUGGCAGCGGUGGCGGCGGUGGCAGCGGUGGUGGCAGUGGUGGCGGUGGCGGCGGCAGCGGUGGCGGUCGGAGCGGCGGUAGUGGCGGCGGUGGUGGUCGGAGUGUGGGCCCCAGCUCGGGCCAGUCCUCGCAGCAGCAGCAGCGUCCUCAGACGACCCAGCAGCUCCGUGAGUGGCUUGCUCAGCGUGGGACGUCGGGAGGCAGUGGUCGCUGUUCCUAUGUCAUUCGCACAGGUGAACGCAAGGGGCAGAAGUGUGGGAGGUUCCACACCCAGUACCGCUGCUUCUCCCACCUUGACGACGCUUGGCGUGAGGAGAUGGGCGAGGAGGUUGAGCGCCCCCGCUGGGCUGAUCUGAUGAGGGCUGGUGUUGAUAUCUUUGCUCUUGAUUAUGAUGCUAUUAUUGCUGCCAUGUAUGCAUUGACUGUUAGUGCUGAGGGGGACUGUUACUUGUGUGUGCCGCCUGACCCAGGUAUAGAGCCCACUGCCCUAGGUACCAGCGAGUCUGCUCUCUCAGGUACUGUGCCUUCCGAGGCUACUCCCUUCGGUACACCCCCUCCUGCUAGCGAGUCUGCGCUCUCCGGUACUGCGCCCGCUGAGGCCUUGCACACCUUCACGCUUGACUCAGGUGCUUCCCGCUGCUUCUUUCGUGACAGUACUGAGCUCACUCCCCUCCCUGCACCAGUUCCAGUCUCCCUGGCUGACCCCUCCGGGGGUCCAGUUCUUGCACGGUCUACCACUGUGCUUCCCUGUCCGGCGGUUCCGUCUGGCUCGUUGUCGGGUUUCCACCUCCCCUCGUUCUCUACGAACUUGGUGAGCAACGCUGUUAUCCAGGAUCACUGGGUUGACACCUUCACCCCUGGAGGACAGCGUGUGGCGAUCUGUACGUGCUCCAGGACUGGCCGUCACCUGGCUACGUUCACUCGUCAGCCGGGGUCGAGUCUCUACACACUGACCACUGUGUCUCCUCAGGUCGCUGCUGUUGGUCAGGUGUCUGCGUCAGGUCUAGUAGCCCACCCCUGUGAGCGUUGCUCCCUGUCGCACCAGACCCUUCUCUGGCACCACCGCCUGGGUCACCCCUCCUUGCAGCGCCUUCGUGGCAUGCACCGUCGUCACCUUGUGUCCGGUCUUCCCCGGUCUCUCCCUCCCCUCCCUGCCUCGCCUGCGCCGCCUUGCCUUCCUUGCGUCGAGGGGCGGCAGCGCGCCGCUCCUCACUCCUCCUCGUUUCCCCCGACCGAGGCUCCUCUGCAGACCCUCCACCUGGACGUGUGGGGCCCGGCCCGCGUCCGUGGACAGGGCGGUGAGCGGUACUUUCUGCUGGUUGUCGACGACUACUCGCGUUACACCACGGUCUUCCCCUUGCGCACCAAGGGUGAGGUCCCUGCUGUUCUGAUCCCUUGGAUCCGCACAGUUCGUCUCCAGCUCCGCCGCCGGUUCAGGACAGAGCUUCCUGUCCUGCGUCUGCACUCUGACAGAGGUGGUGAGUUCUCCUCUGACCUCUUGAGGGCCUUCUGUCAGGCGGAGGGCAUCGAGCAGUCCUUCACGCUUCCGGACUCCCCGCAGCAGAAUGGGGUUGCAGAGCGCCGCAUUGGCCUGGUCAUGGAGGUCGCUCGUACCUCCUUGGUUCAUGCGGCGGCUCCCCAUUUUCUGUGGCCGUUUGCUGUCCGGUACGCGGCGCAUCAGCUCAACCUCUGGCUCCGUGUCUCCUUGCCGGAGACCUCGCCCACACUGAGUUGGACGGGGGAGGUCGGCGAUGCGUCGCGCUUCCGGGUGUGGGGCUCUUAUGCCCUUGUCCGCGAUACUUCCGCGGACAAGCUCUCCUCCCGCACACUUCCCUGUGUCUUCCUUGGCUUUGUCCCUGAUGCGCCUGGCUGGCAGUUUUACCACCCCACCUCGCGCCGGGUCUUCGCCUCUCAGGACGUCACCUUUGACGAGUCGUCGCGCCUCCCCUUCCCUCAUCGAGCUUCUCCCCUCGUCGCGCUUCCCAUUGUCGCGUUCCCCCGCCCAUCGCGCCACCCCCCUUCGCGCCACUCAUCCUUCCGUCACGCAUCCUCUCGUGCCUCGUCUCCUGUCGUCGCGUCUCCCCUCGCCGCGCCUCCUGUCCCAUCGUCACGGCUCCCCUCGUUUCCGGGAGCCUCCCCACGUCGCGCCUCCACUCGCCUCGCUGCGCCUCCGCUCGCCUCGCCGCGCCUCUGCUCGUCUCGCCGCGCCUCCGCAGGCCGCGCCGCGCCUCCGCUCGUUGCGCCGCGCCUCUGCUCACCUCGCAGCGCCUCUGCUCGUCUCGCCGCGCCUCCGCAGGCCGCGCCGCGCCUCUGCUCGCUACACCACGCCUCCGCUCACCUCGCCGCGGCGCCUCCCCUGCCAUCAGCGCGCCAGCACCCUCGUCGCGCUGCCCCUCCUUGCGCCUCCACUCCCGCUGCCCUUCUCCCACCUGCCCAUCCCUUGCCCGCGCCUCCCUGCCCUUCCAUUUACCCCACCCUGAUUUCCCUAAUUUUAACACCCUGUUUCCCCUCCUUCCCCUCAUUUACCCCGCUGCUUCCCCUCGUUUCCCCCUCUGCUCUCAUCGUUCCCCCCCGUGCUUCCCCUCAUCCGUGCUUCCCCUCAUCCCUGCUUCCCCUCAUCCCUGAUUCCCCUCAUCCCUGCUUCCCCUCAUCCCUGCUUCUCCUCAUUUCAACCCUGCUUCCCCUCAUCCCUGCUUCCCCUCAUCCCUGCUUCCUUCAUUUCAUCCCUGCUUCCCCUCAUCCCUGCUUCCCCUCAUUUCAUCCUGCUUCCCCUCAUCCCUGCUUCCCCUCAUUUCAUCCCUGCUUCCCCUCAUCCCUGCUUCCCCUCAUCCCUGCUUCCCCUCAUCCCUGCUUCUCCUCAUUUCAUCCCUGCUUCCCCUCAUCCCUGCUUCCCCUCAUCCCUGCUUCCCCUCAUUUCAUCCCUGCUUCCCCUCAUCUUUGCUUCCCCUCAUCCCUGCUUCCCCUGAUCCCUGCUUCCCCUCAUCCCUGCUUCCCCUCAUUUCAUCCCUGCUUCCCCUCAUUUCAUCCCUGCUUCCCCUCAUUUCAUCCCUGCUUCCCCUCAUCCCUGCUUCCCCUCAUCCCUGCUUCCCCUCAUCCCUGCUUCCCCUCAUCCCUGCUUCCCCUCAUCCCUGCUUCCCCUCAUUCCUGCUUCCCCUCAUCCCUGCUUCCCCUCAUUCCUGCUUGUUAG